GGCCACCCCUGAGUUAGCAGUUUACUAAUGCCGUUCCUGAACGAUAUUAAAAGCUGAGCGAUAAGUAGUUCAUUGAAUGGACUGAACAUGAUAAAUCGGAUGACAACGACAUGCAGUAGCCGAUAUCUUUUUGCUCACUUAAAACAUUCGUUCAAACAAAAAGAAGAGGUUAAUGAGCAAAUCAGAAAUCUAAACAAUAUCAGUAUACGGGACAGUGCGACCCUAGGAAACAAUUGUAUUCAUAUCUGCAUAACUGAAGAUUUCUUCUGUGCCCUGAUUUUGAAAAUAUGCAACAUUAAAGACUUGCAAAUUAUUAGUUUAUUAAUACAAACGUCAUAAAAUUGUAUAAUUUAAAGCCACGUGUGAGGUAUAUAAGAAGCCCCGGGCAGGUGGGCGCUGUCGCAGCGGAAUGGGCGGGCAUCCCCGGUUAAAAGCCCGGCGGACCUGCGGUGCUGCUGCCGCUUUUCCGAGGCAUGUGCUGUGUAAAUCCGCGGAGCGCCCAGCACACACUGAUCCGGAAUCUAAAUCUGGCUGAUCUGACUAUCAUCGCGACGCUUUGUGGCCUGCUGAAGUGCAAAACAAGUAAUUGUGUCACCUCGACAGAGACCGUCCCUGGGCCAUAAGAGCAGGACGUACGAUGGCAUCAGUGUAACCCCUGAGCAUCCACCCUUGUGAUGGAUGUAAGUGGCGCCACCAUGAGCAAGUCCCCCGUGCGGCGAUGUCUCCAGCUCUCUCUACUACUGCUAAUGGUGUCUCCCUUGCAAGGCAAGGUUAGCGCCCAGCCUCAUGUGCAGGUUCUUGUGGGGCUUCCUGCUACACUUCGCUGCAACCUGGCACUCUCUGGGUCGGAGGUGCUGAAGCAGGUGCGCUGGGUCGAUGGCCGUAACGUCACCGUCCUCAGCUACAUCUCCCGGCACUCUGUAAGUGCCGUGGAACCCGAACGCGUGACGCUGACGUCCGCCACCCGCGACUCCAGCGCCAUCACCAUCUCCAUGGCGGGUCCGCGGGACGAGGGCUGUUACACGUGCAUCUUUGACGUGUAUCCUACUGGUCCCCAGGAAGCCCAGACCUGCCUGGUCCUCACAGCCAAGGUGACCCCGGACGGGAACCACACGGCAGUGAGCGGGAGGCAGGCCACACUUGCGUGUCGCUACGGUCUCGCCCGGAGGGUGCAGCAGGUGCAGUGGAUGAAGGCCGGGGAGCGCGGUGACUCCAGUGACGUGGCCUCCUUCAACAAGCACGGGGAGCCCAUCAUCCUGGACGCCCUGCUGGGACGCAUCAGCCUGAGUCGCACGCUGGACGAGAGCCGCUUGUUCUUCCGGCCCGUCAGGACGGAGGACGAGGGCUGCUACACGUGCGAAUUCCACGCUUACCCUGAGGGUGUGAGAAGUGCUGUGGUCUGCCUCACUGUCUAUGUGUUGCCGAAGCCCCAGAUUACCCAUAAAACCACAUCGCCGGGGGUGAUUGAGGCAAACUGCAGCGCAGUGGCUCGGCCAGCCGCGAUGAUCGCAUGGAACGUGGAGGGAAACAACAAGACCCUGGGCCCAGCGAGCGUCCUGUCUCUCCAGCAGGACGAUGGCAGCACCCUGGUUAUCAGCACCCUCUCCCUACGCUCUGACUUGCUCCAUGACCGAUCAAUCAAGUGCCUGGUCCACCACCGGGGCCUGGAGUCGGCCAUCUCCGUCCCCUUGAACACGAAGAUGGGGGAGGCCGUUACAAUUCUCAUCCUGGUGAUCAGCUUGGCAGUUAUGCUCCUCGUUUGCCUCUGCAUCUGCUUGUGGAAGUGCUUUCUACGCAAGGACUAGGUUGCAUUUUCCUGGGUUCUGAGGCUCCAGAGGCACAGUGUCCGGUAAACGCAGAGCCUGAACGGACACGAGGCGCUCCCCAUGCACCGUGCUUCAGGAAGUACCGGGCGUGACCAUUUCCCUGCAGGGCAAGACAGCGGAAACCUGUCCCCUGUGUCGUCAGGGCGACGCAUCACUCAUCCCUGGAAGUUCCGAGAACUUCUGUAUUUUGCUCCUUUGUAUGUAUAUGCCGUCUAUGGCCUGAUGUGAUUUCUCAUUUCAGGUCAGUUAGAAUCCUAUGACAAGCAACAAUCAUUCGUAAAAGUAAGACUAAAGCUGCAUUGUUUAAAACUAGACUCCUCUGUUCUGCAGGAUUCAGCUCCAGUCAGAGUUUAAAACAAUGUGAAGGGAAAUUAUAGCAUCUAUAGGGCUGGGCUCCCUGUUUGGCCUGGUGGCCUACAGGGGCCUCAUGGAGAUGCCACCAUAGACAGCCAAAGAACGUGCACCACAUGAGGCCAAGAUAUGGUCUGCAGAUCACGUGAUCUGCUUUCGCAAAACUGCUUAUUCUUAUUGUGUUUACUAAUGCAAAACUCCUUUCCUUGGGUCUCACUCCGUUCUGAGCGGCAUGGGAACAGAUGCGUGUCGAUUGCGUCUGAAAUUAUCCUUGGUUGCUUCGGCGUCGCCGCAUGAUCUCCGUUAACCUCUUCAAGAGGACAGCCAUUUCAGUCACAGAGUUUAUUUUAGUCUGUUGGAGGCAGAUGAAUCUUUGGCAACAGCUCAAGGGACACUGAUGACAGCUAAGAAAAUAACCAGUGCUGGGAACUUUACUGUUUCACUUUCACUGAAAUGACAAGUGGACUGUAAAGGAUAGAAUGAGAAUGGAGUCUUAGGUCAGUAUUGGUAAUGAAAAAUAAGCUAUAUUUGUUUCCAUAUUAGUUUCCUGUAAAGCCUUCAAUUUUCAGUAAAACAGGGGAAACUGUCAGCCUGUAGGUAAACUUCCUUGGAACUUCAUGUGAAAAGUCUUGAACACUUUUUUUUUUUUUUUUUACAAUGUACUCAGCUGGCCAUGUUGCAAGUAGUAACAUGACGAUGUAGUCGUGACGACUCGUGACAAACGGAAGCGGCACGGCAGCCCUCGUUCCUUGUCAUGUCCUGUGCCACUUGGCAUCAGGCUUUCUUCUGAUGUUAACUCCUCUGCUGGGAAUUUCUGACGUGUCUCUAAUGUCAGAGCUGAAUGAAGUCCAGACUACUGACUGUGUUCCCAGCUGGUCAGAUGACAGAUUAAAUGAUACAAAAUGAAACUUUGUUUUAGCAGAAUGUUCUCAGCACCUCUAGGAAAAGGAGAAUUGUGGUCAAAUAUUUGCAGAUAGCGCCACCUGUUGUAGACUGGCAGGGAGAUUUUGUGGUGCAUUUCUACAAUAAGACCAGUGUCUGCGUGUAGCUUAAAAAGUCCUGCUGCCUACCUUUCCGGAAAAGUCCUCCUUAUUCCCGGCAACUAGAUUCUGCUGUCAUGAAGAGGCGAGCCAGAAAGGUUUUAGAAGUUAAACUUGCUGAAGGAUUGCAAAAUUGUGUGUUUGGAGAAGUACAUCGUAAAUCAGAUCAACUUUAUCAGUUACUUUGGAAUUGCUGUGCGAUAGCAAUACCACACCAGUAAGGUCAUGUGACACUUACUAACCACACACAUGCUGCUUAGGCUCAGUGCUCCCUUGGCCAAUGUAGAUGGUAAACAUGUUGUAUGAUGUAAAAUACUAUGGCAAGACCAUAAAUAUACUGUAGAUCACACUAGAUUUUUAAACAUGAUCGGUAUUAUGUUCACUGCAUUGCAUUUUAUUUUACUUUUCAUUUCACAUACCAGAAAAGAAAAACACUAUUUAGAGGUACAGCAGUUCAUACAUUUAUGAAACCCGCUGAACUGUUCUUUUUAAAUGAUGUGUAAAGUAACGUUUCUGUCCUUAUUUCAAGAAAUAAUAAAAUGCAGAAGACAAUAUAACAGAUGUAUAAAAAAAUAAAUGCUAAUUUAUUUACCCAUGUUUUUAACAGAAAUAAAACUGCAAUAAAAAGUGCUAAUACCCAAAUA